UGCUCCGUGCGCGCAUGCGCAGGCUCCCGUCGGGAGGCUGGGCUUGGGAGUGUAGGUGGGAAAUCUGGGGCUUGGCGCCGGCGGUCCUUCGCGGUCCUUCAGCCUAGGGUCGGCGAAGUUGGUGGAGAUACUAGUGCAGUUGCAAAUUCCAGGACUGCAUGGGUCCGCGGGUCCUUGGUCGGGUGGUGCGCCUGUCCGGAGAAUGCCUAGGUCGAUAGAAGACAGGACGUAGACACGCCUGUGGAGGAGAACCGCAGCUUGCGCCCCGCCAGUGCGGGGCCUGUUUAGCCUAAAGAAGGAAGACAGCGUUGAUGGAGUACUCAAUAGAAACUUUUGUUCUGGAAGAGAGCGGCCUUGUCGUUAUCCCUAUACUCUUGAGCAGGUGCUUUGAGUAGGAAGCACAGGUGGGAGGUGAGAGCCUGGGUAGCUGGCUCUAGGAUCCUGGAGCAAACACUGCGCUUCUCGCCGGCCUGGGACGCCCUGAGUAGUGGAGAGACCAGGUUGUAGUUGCAGAUUCUUUCCCCAGGAGAGGCAGUGCUACUUCUGCAAACCCUGGGUGGGAAUCGCUGAUGGACUAAAAACUACUAGGCUGAAGGAGGGUCCAAAGCCUAGAGGCAGGUUCUAGGCAGAGUGCUCCCUGAGCUUACUGGGAGUGUCUGAAUGGGAAGCAGGAACUUGGACUGGUAAUCCUGGGAGCCCUGUAGGAUAGUGCAGAGCCUUAGAGCAUUCAAGUUUAGUGGAGACGCCGGGUUGGAGGUACAGAAACGAAGAUAGUAACAGCUGCCAUCAAAUCGACAGCUGUUUGGGGAGGAGGCAGGAUGCUGCCAGCAAGAUUAUGACAUAGGUGUUCCUGGUGGGACCUUUGCUCAGGUUGCCCUGUUUGGAGGAAUGAGGAUGCCCUGUGUAGCCCCAGGUACUCACAUUUGCGCUGGAGGAAGCAAAAAGACCCAGUUCCUGUGGGAGCUGCUCAUGAGCUUGAGAACCCUUAGGCUGGUGAGCGCCCAAGUCCUAGGGCUGAUUCUGGGGUUGUGCUCGAGCUGAUGUUUGGGUCUUCUGAUGUUGUGGUGGCAAGCAGGCAGUGGGGUAGGUGAUGAUGGAACCCUUGUGCAGGCUUGAGGGUACUUGAGGUAUCCUGGAUAGGAGUCAAUGGGAGUGGGAGAUGCAGCUUCUCACCUCAGGAGCUGGAACUGCAUACUACCCCCAGGCUGGCAGGGAGCCCAGGUCCUGGAUGCAGCCUCUGGGUGUGAGUCUGCAUGUGCGUGGGGGUGCCAUGCAGGAGGAGGGGAACGAGGUGGCUGGGCCUGUGUGCUGUAACUGCUGGAGUAGAGGCCUGGGGACCCCAGUUUGGGGCUGCAGGUUCUGGUCUUGGGAGGCCGGGGUUGCUGCAGCUGCACCCUGCACCUGUGCUGGCAUUUGGACAGAAUGAGGAGGCUUGAGCAGUCCUAGGACCCUGGCAUUGCCUGAGGAUGCCAAGCUCAGGACCUCAGGCCCCUGCCCGUGCCUGGAGGGGAGCAUGGAGGAGCAGGAUGAGAAGCCCCCAGGGCCCCUGAAGGCCUGUGUACAGGACUCUCUCCUUCCUCAAGAGAUUAUUGUCAAGGUUGAGAGAGAAGAUGCUGGAUCACUGGCCAUCAAAUCCCAGGAAGGCGUGAACUUCAAAAUUGUGGCUAUGGACUUCACUCAGGAGGAAGAGAGCACCUUGAACCUUGCUCAGAGGACCCUGAAUAGAGAUAUGGUACUGGAUAACCACAGGGACCUGGUCUCUUGGGACUUGGCAACUGCACUUGGAAGAAGAGAAUCAAUAUCAAAACAAAGCAUUUUUAAUGAUCAACCAUCCCAUAGAGUGAAGGUAGAAAAGUUGACAAGAGAUGAUCCUUGGUUAUCUUCAUGUGAAGAAGUUCAGGAUUGUAAUGAGCAGUUGGAGAAGCAACAGGAAAAACAGGAGAGAGUUUUGAAGGAAUUGGCAUUUACUCACAGAAAAGCUAUUACUCAUGAGAGAGUCUGCAAAGAUGAUGAACUUGAGAAGAGUGGUCUGAAUUCUAGUCUUCUUUCAUCCCAGAUGAUCCCCAUAAGAAACCAUUUUCAUAAACAUGCCUCACAUGUUAAAAAAUUACAUAAUAAUUCUGUUGUAAACACUCAUCAGAUGAUUAAUGAUGAUGAAAAACUCUGUGAAAAUAGUGAAUGUGGAAACACCCCCCAGAGUAUUCACCUUAUUCAGUUUAGAAGAACUCAGACAGAAGACAAAUCCUAUGAAUUCAGUGACAGUAUUCAAUCUUUUAGCCAUAGUACGCCCUUAAAUAUACAGGAGAAAAUACAUGCAAGAGGAAGAUCUUUUAAUUUUAAGGAAUGUGGGCAAGUGUUGAACCACAGACUAUCUCAUAGUGAUCAACAGAAAAUCCCUGUUGAAGAAAGUCAAUAUAAAUGUGAAACAUCCCAAACUUCAUCCCUUGCUCCAAACAUGAGAAAUCAUUCUGAAGAGAAACCAUUUGAAUGUAAUCAGUGUGGGAAAUCCUUCAGCUGGAGCUCUCAUCUUGUUGCACAUCAGAGAACUCAUACAGGUGAGAAACCUUAUGAAUGUAAUGAAUGUGGGAAAUCCUUCAGCCGGAGCUCGCACCUUGUUUCCCAUCAGAGAACUCAUACUGGAGAGAAACCUUAUAGAUGCAAUCAGUGUGGGAAAUCCUUUAGCCAGAGCUAUGUUCUUGUUGUGCACCAGAGAACUCAUACUGGAGAGAAGCCUUAUGAAUGCGAUCAAUGUGGAAAGUCAUUCAGGCAGAGCUACAAACUUAUUGCACAUCAGAGAACUCAUACUGGAGAGAAGCCCUAUGAGUGCAAUCAGUGUGGGAAAUCAUUUAUCCAGAGCUAUAAGCUUAUUGCACAUCAAAGAAUUCAUACUGGAGAAAAACCCUAUGAAUGCAAUCAGUGUGGAAAGUCCUUUAGUCAAAGUUACAAACUUGUUGCCCAUCAGAGAACUCACACAGGAGAAAAACCUUUUGAAUGUAAUCAGUGUGGAAAAUCCUUCAGCUGGAGCUCUCAGCUUGUUGCACAUCAAAGAACUCAUACUGGAGAGAAACCCUAUGAAUGUAAUGAGUGUGGAAAAUCUUUCAACCGCAGUUCUCACCUUGUUAUGCAUCAGAGAACCCAUACUGGAGAAAAGCCCUAUGAAUGUAAUCAGUGUGGGAAGUCCUUCAGCCAGAGUUACGUUCUUGUUGUACAUCAGAGAACUCAUACUGGAGAAAAGCCCUAUGAGUGCAAUCAGUGUGGUAAAUCUUUCAGGCAGAGUUCAUGUCUUACUCAACAUCAGAGAACUCAUACUGGAGAGAAGCCCUAUGAAUGUCAUCAAUGUGGAAAGACAUUCAGCUUGAGUGCUCGACUUAUUGUACAUCAAAGAACUCAUACUGGAGAGAAACCUUUUACAUGUAAUCAGUGUGGGAAAGCUUUCAUUAAUAGCUCUAAACUUAUUAGGCACCAGGCAACUCAUACUCAAGAGAAACCUUAUGAAUGUAGCUAGUUUGGAAAUAUUUCAUCCAGAGUAUAGUCCCCCCACUUUUUUUCUUUUAAGGGAUUAUAUGUAUUGGAAAGAACUACCAUGAAAGCAAUAUAUGUGGGCAAGCGUUCAGUUAGCCCUUUGUUAUUGUGAAUUGGAAAUACGUUCUGGAGAAGAAAAAACUAUGAAUCACACGUUUUACUUAAUUCCAUAUAAAAAAGAAAUCAGACUUGGCCUUUAUGAUACAUUCCCACAAAAGUAAUAAGUAUCGGCACAUUUCCUUGCAGAAAGCACUCGGACUUGAAGCUGAAAGAAUUACCAUUAAAUGGGUGAUUUGUAUAGUGAUUGUCAGUGAGGUAGACCUCUUUUCCAAUAAAGUGCAAAUGAGAAUGCUAACACUGGUAGGCUUGUUAAGAAGACUGAAAAAUUGCUGUAGUUACUAGAACCUAGGCAGGAAAAUGGUAUUUCAGCAUAUUGUUCUACACUAUUAUUCCCCCAGUAGCUACUUACUAUAAUUUGUUCCAUACAGUACUAUUAUAUAUGAAGAUUUCAUAAAAACUAGGAAAAUGGCUGUGAUAUCAAGUGGAAAAUGCAAGAAAAGAGUGUAGGACAUUCAUUUCUAGAACCACUAUGAUAAGGUAUUCGUGUAUGGAUCAGAACUGAGGAAUUCUGGGUGUAUCUAAUUGAUCUUUAGGUUUAUACCUGGUUUUCUUUUUGAAAUGUAUGCUGUUAUAAUAAAUUAUAUGAUGAGCAAAAAUUAGUCCCAAGAAAUCCCACAAUAUUUCCAUCUCCUUUGACCAUUUAGGAAAGGCUGGGUGGCUAGAUAGCAGAGAUUCCUCAGGGUUCUGAGAUUUCCAUUUGUGGUAGUAUGAACAGGUCAUUCCUUAGGACUUAGAUUCCCAGGAAUAUUCCUUACUGAAUAUGAAAUAUUUCUUCAUGAAGGAGGAAUUGGAAAUUUAGGACAAAAGGGGUUCUGUGAGGGGUUGACAAUGCAUGGGCAGUAUAAGGGGCAUUUUUCAUAUACAAAGGAGCUCUACUUUUAGGGUUUCCCCCCUCCCCUUAUAUAGUAUUGUCUUUUUUUCCUCUGGGAUAUGUUCUUUUUUAUGUGAGAGUCCUCUGAUAGCUAAGUGCCAUUACCAAACUUUUAAUAAUUAUUUUAGGCAGGAUUUGUACCUACUCUUUUUUAGAU